GUCGGCCGCUCGGAGCCUCGGGUAGAACAGGAGGAUUUGUGAGAGACCAGGGAUAGACAGAAGCUAGGCCUGGGAGCUCGGGGAGUUCGCUGGGACCGGCGGGAUUGCGAGUGCGCUGUACAGGUCGUCUCAUUUGGAAACCCUCUCUAGUGGCUUCAUGUUGGCGAUCCUGGAUUGUCUUCACCCUGCGGUGGCUCUUUCAUGUACUUUCCCUUAGCCACUUUCCUGCUCGUUGGAUCUGGUUGUAAUUCCUUGAAGACUCCUCUUGGCCUGACAUGAGCUCCCAGACUCAUCCAGAUGGAAUAUCUGGUCGGGACCAACCAGUGGAGCUUCUAACGCAGACUCGUGCCAAACACAUGCCAAGCACUGUUGAUGUAAGUGCUGCAUUGCCACUCCAAGUGGCUUCCGGCACUCUUCCUAUGGACCUUCGACUGGAUCCCCAAUAUCCCAUCUCUGGGUCAGAUGGCAUCGGGAGGGAGCAGCAGCUGCAGCAAGAACUACUGGCACUGAAGCAGAAGCAGCAAAUCCAGCGGCAGCUUCUCAUAGCAGAGUUUCAGAGGCAACAUGAGCAGUUGUCCAGACAACACGAAGCCCAAUUACACGAGCAUGUAAAGCAGCAACAAGAGCUUCUUGCUAUGAAACAUCAGCAGGAGCUUCUGGAGCACCAGAGGAAACUGGAGCAACAUCGGCAGGAGCAAGAGAUGGAAAAACAGCAACGGGAACAAAAACUCAUGCAGCUAAAGAAUAAAGAGAAGGGAAAAGAAAGCGCCGUUGCAAGCACUGAAGUCAAAAUGAAGUUGCAGGAAUUUGUCCUGAAUAAGAAGAAAGCUCUCGCCCACCGGAGCCUCAAUCACUGUAUGUCUAGUGACCCUCGCUUUUGGAAGACGCAGCACAGCUCUCUGGACCAGAGUCCCCCACCUCAAGGCGGAGUGUCCGGCUCAUACCACCAUCCUGUUCUUGGAAUGUACGACUCAAAGGAUGACUUUCCAUUAAGAAAGACAGCAUCUGAACCUAAUUUGAAGUUGCGCUCAAGACUGAAACAAAAGGUGGCAGAGCGCAGGAGCAGCCCUUUAUUAAGACGGAAAGAUGGUCCUGGUGUCACUACUCUGAAAAAGCGUCCUCUGGAUGUAUCCGACUCUGCUUGUAACAGCGCUCCUGGUUCCGGCCCCAGCUCUCCCAACAACAGCUCAAGCAACAUCACUACUGAGAACGGCAUUUCUGGGCCUUUAGGCAUUCAGUCUGAGGUGUCAUUGGCUCACAGGCUGGUAAGCAGAGAGGGGUCUGUCACCCAGCUGCCGCUCUAUACCUCACCAUCUUUACCCAACAUUACCCUUGGGCUGCCUGCCAGUGGAUCUGCCAAUGGUGCUUCUGGACAGGACUCUGAACGCCUUUCCCUGUCUAAUAUCCAACAACGACUCUCCUUAUUUCCUGCUGCUCACCUUACUCCAUACCUUGGUGCCGACGCAGCAAGCUCCCAUAACUCCCUUCUGCAGCAUAUGGUCCUUCUGGAGCAGCCCAAUGCGCAGAGCCCCUUAGUGACAGGGUUGGGUGCACUUCCUCUUCACUCCCAGUCCUUAGUGUCCACUGAUCGCGUAUCCCCCACUAUCCACAAGUUGCGUCAGCACCGCCCAUUGGGCCGUACACAGUCUGCGCCGCUGCCUCAAAAUUCUCACGCUCUGCAGCACUUGGUCAUCCAGCAGCAGCACCAGCAGUUCCUUGAGAAGCACAAACAGCAAUUCCAGCAGCAGCAGCAACUACACCUCAACAAGAUGAUUCCUAAAGUCAAUGAGGUUUCACGACAACAUGAAAGCCACCCUGAGGAAACCGAAGAGGAGCUGCGUGAGCAUCAGGCCAUCCAUGAGGACUCGUAUAUAGAGCAUGGAUCUGAUCAUAAGGAGCAGAACCUUGGAGGUGUUGUGCGUGUGAAGCAGGAAAGAGAGGAAAGCGAAGAUGAAGCCAGCACGCAGGAGCUAGAACAGAGUUCACCUUAUGCUGAGCAAGACCUUCUCUUCAGACAGCAAACGCUUUUGUUGGAGCAGCAACGCAUACACCAGCUGAGGAACUAUCAAGCCUCCAUGGAAGCUGCUGGUGUUGUCGUACAUUUUGGCGGACAUAGACCACUGUCAAGGGCCCAAUCUUCUCCAGCUUCUGCAUCAUUUCCCAUGUCUGUUCAAGAAACGCCCACCAAACCACGAUUCACUACAGGCCUUGUCUAUGACACGUUGAUGCUGAAACAUCAGUGCAUCUGCGGGAACACAAAUAGCCAUCCUGAGCAUGCUGGCCGUAUACAAAGCAUCUGGUCAAGGCUACAAGAGACUGGUCUUAGGAGCAUGUGCGAGUGUAUACGGGGCAGAAAAGCCACUUUGGAAGAGCUUCAGACUGUCCACUCGGAGGCACACUCUCUGCUCUAUGGCACUAACCCUUUGAAUCGACAGAAGUUGGAGGGAUCUUUGACCUCCAUCUUCGUCCGUCUCCCAUGUGGAGGGGUUGGGGUGGACAGUGAUACCAUUUGGAAUGAGGUCCACUCCUCUGGGGCCGCUCGACUCGCAGUGGGAUGCGUUGUGGAACUUGCUUCCAAGGUGGUAGCUGGAGAGUUGAAGAAUGGCUUUGCUGUGGUUCGACCUCCUGGUCACCAUGCAGAAGAGAGCACGCCAAUGGGUUUUUGCUACUUCAAUUCUGUGGCAAUAACAGCGAAGCUUCUCCAGCAAAGGUUCAAUGUUGGGAAAACUUUGAUUGUGGAUUGGGAUGUACAUCAUGGUAAUGGUACCCAGCAGGCUUUCUACGCAGACCCUAGUGUCCUUUACAUAUCACUUCAUCGCUACGAUGACGGAAACUUCUUCCCCGGCAGUGGGGCACCUGAUGAGGUCGGCACUGGGGCUGGUGUGGGGUUCAAUGUGAACAUGGCUUUUACCGGCGGCUUAAAUCCACCCAUGGGUGAUGCAGAGUACUUGGCCGCUUUCAGGACUGUGGUGCUGCCGAUCGCUAAGGAGUUUGCCCCAGAAGUUGUUCUGGUGUCUGCAGGUUUCGAUGCUGUAGAAGGGCAUCCAGCUCCUCUGGGAGGGUACAUGGUUUCUGCCAAAUGUUUUGGAUACCUGACAAAACAGCUUAUGGGGUUGGCUGGAGAUCGUGUUAUCCUCGCCCUGGAGGGGGGCCAUGAUCUGACAGCGAUCUGUGAUGCUUCUGAAGCCUGUGUGUCUGCUUUGCUUGGCAAUGAGUUGGAGCCGCUCCCCGAGGCUGUGUUACAGCAGAGACCAAACGGCAACGCCGUGAGCUCCAUGGAGAAAGUCAUUCAGAUCCAGAGUGAAUACUGGCCUUGUCUGCAUCAACUUUCCUCCUCCGUCUCAUAUUCACUUGUUGAGGCUCAGAAAUGCGAGAGUGAAGAAGCGGACGCGGUGACGGCGAUGGCGUCCCUGUCUGUGGGCGUCCAUCCAGAGCGAAGGACUGAGGAUGAACCGAUGGAUGAAGAACCCCCACUGUAGCAAAGUGACUGGUGAUUGUCCGUUGUGUAAUUCCGUACAUUUGUUGGGGGCUGCCCCCUCCAAUUUCUCCGCCUGUGCUCUGUCUGCAGGAAGACGAGCAGCGACAUGGAUGUAAAGAACUCUGUGUACAUCACAUCCACAGAACCACAAAUGGCAGCGCACUGUACAAUGCACAGCCGCACUGUGCCGUUCCUGGAUGCAAGAGGCACUGCUCUUUCAGGAGCCACUGGCAGCUCUUGCCAAAAAUAUUUUAUUUUCUUCAUGAUUUUUUUUUUUUUUAACAAAUACUAAUUCAAAGAAAAACAAGGAUAAAGUGACCUCUGCAGGUGUCCUCACAAACAGUUUUGGUGCUUUAACUUUCUGCAGCAGAUUUAGAAGGAUCCGGUGUGCGCUGAAAGGAGGGUGACCAUGCUGCGCGGGCACUUGUAUAAACCACUCGGUUUAGCCUGUUUUUCAAAUGUUUUUUUUUCUUCAUAAUGGGGUAUAUGCAGUGGACUAAAGAGAUCCUCUGGAGCCUGUUUAUCACAAUGGGGGACGUUUGACUCUGGAACAGAAGCGGGAGGAAGGAUUGUGCCUUGUCCAUGGAUGGAACACACUUUUUUUUUUUUUCCAUUUGAAUGGUUUUAUUCCUUUAUUGUUUCUAAGGAGUUGAAGGACUUGCCUUAAUAUAACAUCUGUAACCCACAGAAGAUGUGGAGUAACGUUACACGAGCCCUUGUGUGCUCUCAUUGAUCCGAUGCUAUGACGUGGUAGUGAUGGCUAACGGCAGUCGUCUUUGUAUUCUUUUUUUUUUUUCAUUUCUCAAGUUGCAUGUCGUAAAAAACAUACGAUGACCGGACUGUGUCCUCACCUGUGAACUGGUCUCUGCAAACAGAAACUUUAAUGGCAACUGACGAUGUAUUUUGUUUAGGUGCAUUUCACCAUGUGGAGAUGGAGGAUAUGGCCUCUCACUGUGCAGGUAGCAUGCACUGCCUGCGCCAAUUCCUUUUUAAAUGGCUUUUUUUUUUUUUUUUUUUAUAUCACGUUGGGGAAAACUCUUUGAGCAAGCUCAUCGCAGCCAUCAAGCAGUUCAUUUCCAGUUCCCAUUUCAUUUUUAGUAGUAAUUCAAAGCUUUAUUCACGUUAAUUUUUUUUAAUGUGAGGAAUGUUUCUCGUGGUAUUUUUAUUUUUUUUAGGUAUUUUUUAUUUUUUUUUAGUUUUUUUCGGGGGAUAAUUUAGAUUCCAAAUAACGCCCUCUGAUCUUCCCACCGAGACUUCCUGUAUGUAUCUGCGAUGUGGGGAUGGUGUCGGGGGCGAUGGAAGGACGACCAUAAAGACUGAUUAGGAGCGCUCCUCCGGUUGUACUUGGGUAACGGGGGGGGGGAACACCUUACCUCACUUGUUACCAGAUCAGAGAGCUGUUACUGAGACUUUUAUUUUCUUAAGGAGACCAACAAUGUACUGUACGUGAGCCUUGCUCCUGGGAUUGCAUGUAGGGAGCAGGGUGCUCUCAGUCUUGGAUAUAACCUCAAUAUAGCACUUAUUAUCCAUACUGAGAGUUGUGGCUGAAUUUUCCAGCAGCAUGUGACUCGCACCCAUUGCCUAACAGAUUCCUGGGAUGAACCCCCUUACCGUAAGGGGAACAGCGCCGUGCUGCCUAGCAGCAGCAGUUUUCCUGUGUUCCUCGACAGCUGCUUCUUGGAUUUGGCUGUGUUUUGAAGGGUUCUCCAGGGACUGUGCUGCAGGCUGCACCUUUACAUAUGUUGUUUCCUGUCCUGGUAACACAUGACAUGUUUCGGAGUGAUAGCCAGGGGGCCUCCGAGUGCCCCUGCUCUGUGUGUCGGGACUUUCACAUUGUGCCCUUACUGUGUGUAUUUAUUAUUAAUUUCAUGGCCGUUCUGUAACUACACUACAGCCUGUGACUGCACAAAACAGCACCGCACUGCACCAAACAGUCUUUUUAUUUUUAUUUUUUUGGUCUCACUGUGUGUGGUACUUGCAGUCCCCUCCUCCGCUUCAUAUGCACCCAUUUUUUUUGCCUUCUGAGCCCAAAACUACAUGCAAAGUAUUGUCAUCAAUGUCACCUAAGCUCAUGAGGUUUUGACUGCUCUGCAUUGAAUUUCUUGCAUUUAAGGUCCUGAUGUAUUACGCAUGCUUAUGGCAUGUACGCCUAGACAGAGGGUACACUGGACUGUCUCUGAAAGGUGUAUACAGGUGUCUGAUUGUAGUCCAUUCAUGUGCCGGACAACACAUUUCCACAUUGUUUGUAUUACACAAACAUCCAAAAUAGUCAUAUCCAUUGCUAGAGACCGCAUCAUAACCAGGCUUUAUGCUGGAAUGUUUUUUAUUAUUAUUAUUAUUCAUAAAUUCUAUACCGAAUACAUCUUUCAGAGCUCGGAUAGUUGAUAACUUUACAGGGUAUCUUUCAAGCUCCCAAGAAGUGUUUUCCGGUUUCGUAGUGGGCGUCAUACAGUUGGCAUGCAAAAAGUGGGUCCGUUUCUCUGGUGAUGUCGGAGGUGCAUCGGGGGCUACUUUCCUAGACAUUACCCUUUUCUUUCACUUUGAAUUUCAUUCCUUGCUUUAUUUCCUUUGUUAUAUUUUUUUAUACCCUGCACACGCUACAUUUCCACUCAUUCCAUGUUUUACACAUGUAUCAUUUUGUGUGUGCAAGGGAGGGGCCACACUCCUAUUUCUGGGCAUUGACCUCCCUAUAGAUAAAAAAUAAAAUAUAUAUAAAGAUAAUUAUAUAUAGAAAUAUAUAUAUAUGAAUCUAUUUUUCUAGAUUUUACUAUAUACUUUGAGGUUGCAUGAAUCAAGCACAGCUCAGCCCUAUGUUGUGUAGUCGGUCACAUUGCUGUGCGAGACGGAAAGGAAAGGGCAGAGAAUAUGGGGGAGUUGACUGUACCUCAUAUUGAGAAAGGCACUUGUUUUAUUAUUUUAUGUGGCUCAAUCUCAGAGUAUUGUGUUAGGCUGAGUGUUUUUAUUUUCUAUAUUUAAAUAAAAAAAAAGGGUUUGUCCAGUAGUAGGGAAAAAAAGUUUUUUAAAAAAGUUUUUUUCCAGAAACUGCACCACCCCGCCGAUACGCUCUAAUACCAGACACAGCGUAUAGACAGGAGUGGCUUUGUUUCUGUUAAAACAAAAAAAUAUCCAAUUUUUCUUAUGCUGAACAACCCCUUUAAGUAAACAUUAACUGUCUGCAAAUAUAUUUGAACAUGGCAUGAAUUAAAAAAAAAACAUAUUCCUGCUCAAUGUACGCAGGGAUAUGGAGAUGAGUGGACAUUUUACAUAGAAAGAAGGUGGCGCUGGUGCAAGGAAUUGCAUUAGUAUUGCAACUUUGUGCCUGUAAUGGCAUGAGCAUAUAUGAGUUUCUAGACUAAAACACUAUAAGGGGCAGGUAGUAGAGGCUACGGCCCUGUGGUAGACACUGUGCACCUUCUCUUAGCAGCCAGAGAGCAUGUUCGAUACUUAAGUCCCUUGCAUCCGUUUGCACGCCUUCUCUGCCAUAUUGUUCUAUCAUGUGCUGUUUCCUAUUUCUUAAGGUGGUCUGCUGUGCGUUCUCCAGUCGUAGUGACCAUCGCUAUGUUCAUAGGGUGCUAGUGAUUUGUGGAGUGCGCCCCUUUGGAGAUGGUGCAGUUUUGGCAGUACAGAUAAUGUUACUCCAAUGUUCUUUUAUUGUCACCAUGAGAAUGACUAGUUCAGGUGGUGCCAGCAAGUCUCCCCAUCCCCUUUUCCCUAUUUGUGUUUUUUAUUAUUCCCAGCAUCAUCAGAAACACUUAUGACCUGACAUAAUAGAAGACAAUGAAUAGGUUUGCCUGCCCGUCUCCUCCCCUGACAUUUCAUGGCUAUGAGCUGCCACCUUUUGUCUGUCUGUGACUGUAUGUUUACUUCGGAGGUGACCCUCUCAUAACGGGCAGGAGCAAUCGCUGCCUUUUUUAUUUUUAUUUUUUACAUGGGGGUGUGACCAUGCCCACCCCACGCUGCCAACGCACUGUGUUUAAAGGAAGGAAAAUGAAACCCCUCUAGCAAAGAGUUGAUUUGUGUGCUGCGUCCUGAAUGGGGCCAGCUUUUCUCAUACAGACUGGAAAAAGGGAUUACAUAUGUGUCUGGGGUGUGACUUUCCAUAUUCUGAGGGUGACAAGCGUGUGUAUAUAAUUAUAUAUACAUAAUAUAAAUAUAUAUAAAACUAUAAACUUUAGAGAAUCUGAUGCAUCAUUUACCAGGUCUUUCAUGCAGAUCUGUCUUGACAGUUUUAUAACUAUGAAUCCUUUGGGACACUUUGCAUUCACCUGCAUUUUCUUUGUCAGGUUUCAGCCCAUUGUUACAGAAAUCUGGGCGUUUUUCUGCCACUUUUCUGUUCCUCUGUAGAAGCUGAACACUGAUUUUGUUUUUUCCUUUUUAUUUUAUAUUGUUUGCUAUUUUUUAUCUACUUUUUCCACUGACUGUGUAUUUUUUUUUUCUGUGACAAGGAUGUUGGAUUUGAACUUUCUUAGCAGUGCAGUAUUUUCUACCACAUGAUGGCAGCGUGUUACUCUUGUGAUGUAAAUAAAAGAAAUGUUACCUAUU